UCGUUAUUAUUGUCAGGUCUUAUUUUACUCUUCUUUUAUUUAUUUUUUUCAUCCCGAAGUAAACAAACGAAUAAAUAAAAAUGGUAAGCUGCUUUAUGAAUCACUCAGUUCAGUUCAUCUAGUCCUCUGUGUGGUGUCAACAUCAAUGCUCUUGGCUUUUUAUUGGAGAUAAACGUAAGGCUAAUGCUACCAUCUAGUGGUGACAUCAAAUAGUGCGAGUAUCAGUUUGCAUUUUGAUCUAAAAAUAUCCAGUGUAGAACUUAUUUGAGCAGUUAUCUUGUGACUGGGCACAAAUGAAGGGCAUUUGAUUCAGAAGUUUUUUUUUCGUAUGAGUUUAACUUAAAACAGAAAUGGGUUCAGUUUUUAUAAAUUGCUUUACAUUUGUUUGGAUUCCAUAGAAACUUGAGGCACUGCCAUUAGAGGGGUGCUAUGUCCAAGGACACAUUUCCAUUCUCCUCUACCUCACUGCGCUCUCUCAGACUGGAGCAGGAGCUCCAGGACUGGGAGGAUGAACGGCGAGCUUUGGCUCUCAGGAGAGCCAUGAUCCGGCCUCCGCUGCCUCGGGUCCCCCGACUCCCUCCCAGGCAGCAGCGGCUCCAAGAGGUCAGAGUCCCUCCACCCCAGAUCCGCUGCAGAGACACCAGCAUCCAUAACACCUUCAUGUGUGGAGACAUAAAGGGAGUCUACGCUGUGCUGAAAGACCCUGCAAUGGUCAACGCCCUGAUGGAGACGGUGCAUGAGGAGAUGGUGUGGGCUCCAGAAAUGGGCAUGUGGACGCUGAGCUCCAAGGUGAAACAAACAUCGGCCUUACGCCUGGCUGCCAGCCGGGGUCACACGGCGUGUGUGGAGGAGCUGCUGUUUCGUGGUGCUGAGGUGAACGCCAACCCUGGAGGCAACACGGCACUCCACGAUGCCUGCAUAGGCGGCCACCCUGUCUGCGUCCAGCUGCUGCUCUCCCAUGGAGCAGAUCCUGAAGUGCUGGCAGCAGAUGGCAGUGCUCCUCUUCACCUCUGUACCUCUGCCCAGUCAUUCCACUGUGCUAAGCUGCUUUUAGAAGGAGGCGCAGACAUCAACGUGCGAAGCCGGGAGUCGAGGCUCACUCCUCUGCAUGUGGCUGCUCAGCGAGGUCUGGAGGAGCACGUCCAGCUCUUCCUCAGCCACGGCGCUGAUGUUUUAGCCACCAAUCGAGAGGGGGAGACCCCCCUGAAUGCUGCCUGCUCUGGAGCCGAGAGGCCGUCUGAAGGUGGGAGAUACCUCCGUGUGUGCCAGAAGCUGCUGGAUGCAGGAGCUAAUCCCCAAACUGCAGGCAGAAAGCAACACACCCCGCUGCACAACGCCUGCGCAAACUGCUGCUGCAGGAUUGUAGACGUCCUCCUGCAGCAUGGAGCGAAGGCUGAUGUUGAGAACUGUGCAGGAUACACACCAAUGGACUGUCUGCUGCAGGUUGUGGAAGAUUAUCCAACUCAGCAAUCUGAAGCUAUAGCGCGAUCCCUUCUGAACUAUGGAGCAAAACCUGUUUCACCAAAGAUGCUGAAACAGCUGGCCUUGUAUCCUGAUGUUCUGGGCGUGAUGCUGAACUCGUAUACAUCCAUCCCGCCCUGUGAUUGGUCAGACUCCCUGCCUCCUGACACGCUUUCCCAGGAGCACCUGUUGUUUCUCCGCUCGCUGCGUCAGAGGAGCACUCAGCCUCGAUCCUUGCAGCAUCUCUGCCGUUGUGCUGUGCGUCAGCAUUUAGGAGCCCGCUGUCACUCAGCUGUAUGUGAGCUGAACGUUCCUGGCUCUGUGAGGGAAUAUCUGCUGCUGUGUGACAACAAGACUCUACAAUAAAUACUGAUGUUGUCAUAUCAUCUUAAAACUUAUUUCUCUUGAUUCUAAAUCCAAAUUGUCACAUGAAGGCUGCUUGGUAGUGCAGUGGAUAACACUGAUUCCUCAACAUUUUAAUUAUUCUUUAGUUCUUAUAAGAGAUGCUGCCUGAAAAGUUGGAGUUGGUCACACUAGGCCACAGCUUUUUUUGUGGCCCUUUUGGAUUCUAAACUAUACACUAAAUGUGCUUAAAUAUUAUCAGCCAAAUCAAUGCAGUUUUUAUCUGUUUACUGCCAAAUUAUAUCAAUCAGUCCCUCCAGUUUCUUGAGAAUUAUCGUGGAAAUUCACACAAAAUCAACAAAUCCCUGCACUUUUUUGUGGCAAUUCAUAAUUGAGAGUUUAUUGCACAUUUUUCUCAGAAAUUGUCAAAAGCUUUCUUACUUGUGCUAAACGGCUGCCUCAGCCUCAGUUGAUGUCAGAUUAUAGUCCAUGAUGUAUACAGCGAGUAAUAAAACAUUGCUCUGUCCGUCAUAAAUAAGUGCAAAUAUUUCCAAAUUAGUAGCACAAACAUUUUGAUUUUUAUUAGUUUGUGCACCGGUUUUAUCAAAACAUUCUGGCACAACCGGCCCUUUAAGAGCAUUCAUGAUCAUUUGGCAAAACAGAAAAAGUGAGUUUGACACCUCUGCGCUAGGUGGUGUUUAGAGCUACCAGAAUAAAGCUGGGUCAAUACAGAUGCAUGCCACACUUUUCAGAUUUUUGCUUGGAAAAACAAAGAGAAAGAAAAAUGGAAACUUUUCUUUCAGGGACUAUUUUCUUUUGUUUUUUGUACUGAAAACCAAAAAUUACAUUGAAGUUUGUGGUUGUCAAAGGACAAAAUAUGAAAAGAUACAAGUGGUGUGCAUUUGCAAAUACUGCAGAAUAACAUCUGCAGGGUUCUCACUGCAUUUUAUUAUCAAUUAUUUGUUUGGCAGCAUCAUGUUUGUGCAAUAGGCUAUUUUGUUUUUCAUUGUUUGCUUUGCAGAUUCUUAUUUUCUACAUUGCAAGUUUUCUUUCAAAAAUUAUGUCAUAAUAAAGUACUCAGAUGUUUUAUGUUUUGUUUUUUUUAAAUGACAAUAAAAUAAUCAGCAUUGAC